UCUUGACAAGUAAAUAGAAAAGUACAUUGAGGAGAUAAUUGAAAGCCAUAACUCGACCAGACAGAUGAGCAGCAAUCUUGCACAUUUUAUCUCUGAAAGGGUCUUAGAAAUCAGAAUACCUCCGCCUCUGCUCCAAUUAUUUUGACUGAAAAAAAAUACGUCCCAACUACGAAACAAAAAAUAUAUAGGAGAAAUGUAAAGAUUCUCACAAUAGCAAAUCUCACAUUCUGUUGUUUAGCCGUGGCGACGUUUACUGCAAUCAUCACCGAAGUGAGUAACUUAGCAGGUUGGCAUACUAAAAGCAAAUGAACACUUAACAUGUAGCUGAAAAUUCAAAAGUCAAGACUAGGGCUGCAACAAUUGGUUAGUUAUUUUUCAAGCAACAAUUCCCCAAGUAAAUCAGUUUCCACCAUAUUCAAUAAGAGCACCUGCCUUCUUGAGUUAUGGCCCAAAACGUUGCAACUCUUUCAGGGAUCACACUGCAGUGUCCUUCAACUUUGAACACCAAAUUCUAAUCGGUUUGUUCUUUAAGUUAAGAGCCAUUGUGACAUCAACGGUCAAUUUAUAGUAUACCAUAAAAGUCAUAGUAUAUCGGAAAAUGUUUAGUUGAAUUAUAAAAGCAGUGUUAAAGGGGCCCUAUUAUUCUCAUUUUCAGGUUUAUAUUUGUAUUGUGUGCCUCUACUUUGACAUGUCUCCAUGCUUUAAUGUUCAAAAAGGUAUUUAUUUUUCUCACUGCCUCUUUUCACCCUCUGUCUGAAACCAGCUCUGAUUGGUUAGCUGGCCGGCUCUGUUCUGUUUGGUCAUGUCCCGCUUAGAGAUGUGUUGGAAAUGUCCCGUCCCUUAGCCUAUCCGUCACAAUGUGUGUGAGCGCUAGCCAAUAGAAGUGCGCAUGUUACAUAAUGAUGUCACUAUGUUACGGAAGUAAAGAAAGGAGUCCAAUCAAUGGAGGUGUUUCAGGCUGUGGAGGGGGGGGGAAGUGUGUGUGAUAGAAUAUCCCUCUGGCAUGAACUUUUGAAGACCAUGUACAAAAACCGAAGGAAAGGAAAAACCCAGAAAAGCUCAAAUAUGGCCCCUUUAAUAUAAUAACAUCCAUGGUUGGCAUCACAUAUCUGUUUUAUUGUGUUGCACUGUUAGAGGAGCAUGUGACCUAAGAAUGUCAUUGUCAUAACUACACUGUACUGUAGCUAUGUACAUAUACAAGCCUUGUAUCUGAAUCAAAGGGCGCACAGUUAAAUAAGUGAGCAGGCCCUGAGUGUUUUGAUACUGGAUGAUGAUUAUCUAAGUCACAAGGAACAAACUGUGCUUGCGCUCCAUUAACUCCAAAACCAUAAAACUCCAUUGAUUUGAAGUACUGCAUUCUGUGGCUUUGAAGCAAAUGAGCAGUCAUCAUACAGUGACUGUGAUUUAAAAAAAAAAAAUUAAGAAACGUAAAAUGCUUUUGAACCAAUGGCCCCUGCCCAACUUCCUUCCUUGGGUUUCAAAAAUAUUAAUUUAGUCUAUCAUCUAGCUUGUUUUUUACAAUAUCACUUUAAUUUCCAUAAUUUGAAAUGUAUUAUUUAAUUAUUGAUGAUCAAAGCUUUUCUUGAAAGCUAGAAAAGCUUUAUUGGAGGAGCCUUUGCCACCUUCAUUGUGUUUCUGGAAGAUUUGUUUUUUCUGUUAAGAAAGUCCAUGUUAGAUAUAAGGUUUAUGUAUUGGAUUGUCGCAGAAUAUUAGCAAGAUGGAUUACUCAUCAAAUGGGUGAACUGACUGACAGAGAGAACCUGGUCAGCCAUUCACCCCUCUCUUGUGCACGCACUAAGAGUUUUGCAGUGGGGUGACACAUUUUGCUGCAACAAGAGCCAUUAUAAGCAGUUGUAAGUGAACAGUUUGGAUCCUAAAUAAAACUGUUUUAGAAAAAACAACGAUGAGUUCCCUGCAACAUGUAAACCCCACAGUGAAGGGGAUCAGAGAGUCAGCACACAGUGGGCUUCAGAGUCUUGCUGCACACGUCACACAAGAGAUCGCACAGGGGAUGCAGAAACCCUUCAAAGGGGUGAUUGACAUCAGCUCAGGUGAUCCCCACAAAGCCGGCAUGAAACCCAUCUCAUUUGUCCGUCAGGUUUUGGCCGUUUGCCUGCACCCUGAGCUGCUGGAAAACAAAACUCUACCUUUGGAUGUCAGGCUGAGGGCUCAGCGGCUCCUGGAGGUCUGCGAUGGAGGAAGUGUUGGUUCCUAUACAGACUCCUCUGGCAUGCCUCACGUCAGGCAAAGCAUCGCUGAGUUCAUCAUGAGACGUGACGUCGGAGUGCAUUCACACGCCAAAGAUGUAUUCAUUUCUGCUGGUUCUCAAAGGGGCCUCAUGGUGAUUUUGAAGCUGCUAGCCAGUGGGGAGGGGGACACUCAGACAGGCGUGUUGACCCCCAGGCCCUGCCCUCACACCCUUCCCACACUGCUGGAUGAUGCCGGGGUGGCCCUGGUGCCGUACCAGCUGAUGGAGGACCGAGGCUGGGCUGUAGAUCUGAGCGAGCUGCACCGUGCUCUGAAAUGUGAUCGGGGGGGCUGCAAUCCCAGAGCCAUCUACAUCAGCAACCCAGGAACCCCCACAGGUCAUGUGCAGGACUGGAAAUCAAUAGAGGAAGUGAUUCGCUUUGCAGCAGCGGAGAGACUCUUACUGCUGGUCGAUGAGGUGUACCAGGACAGUGUGUAUGGACAAGGGAAAGAGUUUAUUUCCUUUAAAAGAGUCCUGUUUGAGAUGGGCAAAGAGUACUCAGGGACAGUGCAGAUGGUCUCCCUCCACUCUCUAUCCAGCGCCUGCAUGGGAGAGUGUGGUCUGAGGGCAGGAUACAUGGAGCUGGUCAACAUGGACCCUGAAGUGAUGCAUUUUGUUGAUACUAUGCUGUGUACUGAUAUCAGCAGUCCAGUUACAGGACAGAUUGCUCUGGUUCUCAUGGUCAACCCACCAAGACCUGGAGACCCUUCCUAUGACACAUACACACAGGAGAUUCUCCUCAUUCAGGCCACUUUGUCCCAGAAUGCUCAGCGGGCUCAUGAGUUCCUAAAUGAUCUACCAGGGAUGAGCAGUCAGCCAGCGAAGGGGGGAAUCUACCUUUACCCCCGCCUGCAUUUACCAUCUGAGAUUAUAGAGAAGGCUAAGAAAUUGGAGGUGGAGGCAUGCGUUCUGUACUGUCAGAUGUUACUUAAAGAGGAAGGUGUGUUUUUAGGCGCAGGAUGUCAGAAUGGGGAGACAACUGGAAACCACUAUCUGAGGCUAUGUAUCCUUGUUCCUGCUGACACCCUGGAGGAGGUCCUGGCUCGCCUCGCUUCCUUUCACCUUCGCCUCAUGGACACGUGUCCUUACCCUGACAGAGGUGUGAAGGGCAGAGACAUAAGGGACACAUUGUGACCCAACAUGAAGUCCUCUGUAAGAGAAUACAGUACAUGUCCUGAAAAAGGAUCAAGCCAUCUGCAGAUCUGAUCAUACUUGGUUUCUUUGCAACACCGUUUGUGUAACAAUUUCCCCCAAUGAACAAAGACUCUCUUUGACACAUUUGUUCUUAUGAAGAUAUAAAACAUGCAAAAUGCAAAUAAAAUAUAAAAAAAGAAAAACAUAUUUCAGUUUUACUAACAGAUUCUAAUGCUUUACCAAAAAUUGUAUAACAAAUAAUGUCGUCAUGCUAUUUUUACCCAUAUAACUUUCCUGAAACAAGUCAUAAAACUCUCAAAACCCUUUCUUCAU